CUGAAUAAGCUUCUGAAUUCCGCAAAGCACACGGCAACAUUUAUUCUUUACUUCACAUUCAGUUCUACAAACAUGAACGGCCAGAUAGUCCUGGUUUUAUUGUUCGGAGCAGUGUCCUCUUUCCCUCAGGACUUUGUUGUCCUCGAGGCUGAUGGAGAGGACAGGCUACUGGAUGCAGUUGUCCUGGAGGGUGCUAGAGAGGACAGAGAAGGAAAGUUUCUGGUUGAAAGUCCUGAGGAUAGAAGUGAGGCAGGACAAGCAGGGUUCAGGCUGCCUCUUCCUGGUGUAGUUGAUGAGGAGGCAGGAGCUGUUAUUGUGGAGGUUGAAGAGUUCAAUAACUCCGAGGAUGGAUUCGAAGAUAUCCCUAGAGAUCAGUCAGGCCUGGAUCAAGCAGGAUUCAGACUUCCGCUGCCAGAAGAUGAAAACGUUGAUAGUGGAGCAGAUAUACCCAGAGAUACCUCAGCAAUUGGUCAAGCUGGAUUCAAACUUCUAAAGUCUGACGAUUUUAUAGUUCUUGAAGCUGGAGAGAAAAGAGAAAAUUCUGGAAGAAGUCUUUCCGAUAUUCCCAGAGAUACGUCUGCCCCUGGCCAAGCUGGAUUCAAACUUCUGAAGCCAGAUGAUGUUGUUGUUGUUGAAGCUGGAGAGGAAAGAGAAAAUUCUGGAAGAAGUCUUUUUGAUGUUCCCAGAGAUACAUCUGCCACUGGCCAAGCUGGAUUCAAACUUCUGCGGCCAGAUGAUGUUGUUGUUGUUGAAGCUGAAGGAGAAAGAGAAAAUUCUGGAAGAAGUCUUUCCGAUGUUCCCAGAGAUACAUCUGCCCCUGGCCAAGCUGGAUUCAAACUUCUGAAGCCAGAUGAUGUUGUUGUUGUUGAAGCUGGAGAGGAAAGAGAAAAUUCUGGAAGAAGUCUUUCUGAUGUUCCCAGAGAUACGUCUGCCCCUGGCCAAGCUGGAUUCAAACUUCUGCGGCCAGAUGAUGCUGUUGUUGUUGAAGCUGAAGAAGAAAGAGAAGAUUCCGAAAGAAGUCUUGCUGGUGUUGCUUUUAUUGAAGCUGGAGGCGUAAGAGAGGAUUCUGGGAGAAGUAUAGAUUCAGAGAUUCCUAGAGAUACUUCUGAAUCUGGUCAAGCUGGGUUCAAGCUGCUAAAGCCUGAUGAUUUUGUAGUUAUUGAAGCAGGCCCUGAGGAAGGAAGAGCCCUGUCUGAUAUUCCUAGAGACAAUUCAGUUCUGAAGAAGGCAGGGUUUAAAUUACCUUUACCUGAUUCAGAAGUGGAAACCGAUGAUGCUAUUAUUGUUGAAAAUGAACGAUCUCCCCGUAAAGCCAAAAAUAUUAUUCCCCAUGAUGAUUCAUCAGCCAACACAGCAGGUUUUCGUCUCCCAAAGUCUGAAGAGCAUCCAAUUGAGUUGGCAAAUGCAGAGAAAGAUGCCAGCGUAUGCCAGGAGUUUAUAAAGCGGACUCGUUGUCGCGAAGAAACACCCUUCUGGUACUACAACAUCACCACCAAACAGUGUCUCCAGUUUAAGUUCGGUGGCUGUGGUCGCUCAACAGCUGGAAACUGGUUUGAAACCAAAGAAGCAUGUGAGGCACUCUGCGCAGCUUAACUUAACCACCAUCUUGUGGAAAGGAUAUAAUGGAAGUUUGAGGCUUUAAACCAAACAUCAUGAUAGUACAAUUUGGACUUGAAAGAGAUCUAAAUUUCUAAAUAUUAACAAGAUCCAAAAAUCCACGAAAUUCCCUGUAAUUAAUGAGCUUAUUUGAAUAAUGUAUUUAUUCGUAUUUAUUACACGGUAGAAGUGUAAAUAUUCCAAUUGUCCAAUAUUAGUUUUAUUAUAGAAAUAAAUAUUUAAUAUUGGAA